AGUAUAAAAUUCGAUCAUAAUUUGGUACCUAGACUCAAAUGUCCUGAAAGUAUCAUGACCAAAUUUCAGCCUUUCAAGCGAGGCGAGAGACAAGGCUGGCUGCCCCACUUCGUGACUCCCUCAACCACACGAUAUUUUCUGAUCAACAAACACACCGCAAGCGACACAUUCCACCCUCAUUAUAUCACUAGACAGCCGCCAAGCUGUUUCCUCCACGAAUUCUCGAACGCGCCAUCAGGCACACUUUAAAAACACGUCACAGAACCAUGUCGUCCUUCACCAACCUCAGCUACUCCGAGACGGAGCAGACAGAGAUCAAUCAAUGGCUCACAACCUCCGACCGCCUCAAGUCGACUGCUGGCACCAAUGACCAGAAAUCCCUCUUAGAUACUCUCAAUGCUCACCUUGCCUCUCGUACAACUCUUCUUGGCGCCAAACCAUCCAAGGCAGACAUCGCGCUCUACGAAUCCCUCGCGCCACAAGUCCACUCGUGGACGGCUGAGCAACGAACUGGCGAGCACGGUCAUCCCAAUAUUGUCCGCCAUUUGGACUUUGUGCAAAACUCGCCUGUCUUUGCCCUGGCUGUUGGAGCAGACAAGAAGGUCAAGGUCGAUCCAGAGGAGAUCCUCUAUGUGAAGCCACCCGUGGAUGCAAAGGCCGAGAAGGAGCGUCUGAAGAAGGAGAAAGCUGCUGCUGCGGCCGCUGCUGGUGGGGGCGAGACCAUUCUUGCGGAUCGUACAAAUGGAAAGAAGGACAAGAAGGAUAAGAGUGUUGGCGAGAAGGUUGCGGUCAAGGUUGCGGAGGUCAAGGGUGCUGUAGUUGCUGCCGUGACUGGCGAAGGAUCUGCUCAACCAGAACAGCAACAGAAGAAGAAAGAGAAGAAAGAGAAAGCACCCAAGCCACAGAAGGCUCCAGCUGUCGCAGCUCCGCUUUCUCCAAGCCUGAUCGAUCUUCGCGUUGGACACAUCCUUAAGGCUAUCAAGCAUCCAGAGGCUGAUUCUUUGUACGUCUCUACCAUUGCUAUGGGCGACAAGGCUGGUACCGAUGACACAUCUGAGUACGAGGGACAAGUAGUCAGAACUGUUUGCUCGGGCUUGAACGGUCUGGUUCCAUUGGAGGAGAUGCAAGGUCGCAAGGUUGUCGUUGUGUGCAACUUGAAGCCUGUCAAGAUGUGUGGUGUUAAGUCAUGUGCUAUGGUUCUUGCUGCUUCACCUAGACUCAAGGAAGGAGAGGAAGAUCACCAUGCAGGACCUGUUGAGUUGGUUACCCCACCUGCAGACGCUCCAGCAGGUGAGCGAGUUUACUUCGAGGGAUGGCAAGGCGAGCCAGAGGGCGUGCUGAAUCCAAAGAAAGGUCGUGUCUGGGAGACAAUUCAGCCCGGCUUCAAGACUACAUUAGACUUAGAUGUUGCGUUCGACGCAGCUAUGGUUAAGGAGCUUAGCAAGGAUGGAGAAGAGCCUAAGACAGACGUAGGAAAGCUGGUCACUGCUAGCGGAGGUAUAUGUAAGGUCAAGAGCUUGGUAGACGCGAUAGUGAGAUAAUUUCUUCAUUCUCUAAAGGUAAUAAUGGCAAUGGAAGAAAUACCCAUAGCA